ACAACAUCAGAACGCACGAAAACAACAAGGAAAAACGUCAAUACAGAACAGGUGCAAAAUUGCAAACAUAAAAUUUACAGCGUUUUGUGUUCACAUUCUCGUAACAAAUUUACCCAUUUGCUGCAUGAUAUUCUGCUCCCUCGGCCCAAAGCAUGUGUACCGUGUGAACCGCGCGUUUGUUCGUGGUAAAACAGUUCCCAACAAUAACGCUACAAGUGAAUGUUUCUCUGCCGAAAGCUGACCGAAAUCGAUAAAAUGUUUGGAAAACUAUCGGAAGUUUUGCAAACGGCGGCCGACGUGCUUGCGCCACCACCGACCGCAUUGCAGGACUUUGACUACCACUACCGGUUGGUCAAAAACUUUUACAUCGCCGAUAAAACCGUACCAAAGAUACACAUCAACGACACCAACAUUCCAACACACCUGGACCAAAUGCUGCAAAUACUGAUACGUGAAGAGCAACGGUUAGAAGUGGCGGGGAAGACGGACUCCAACGUUCCACUUGACGCAUCGCCGAGCAGCUCGGAAAUGUCACCGAAACCCAAUCCGCCACCACCGAAGGCCGAGUGUAUGGAGUUCGUCCUAAGCAACCGGCCGCUGGAUGUACUGAUCGAGUUUGCCGUCAAUGAUACACCGCCCGGGGCGCGCUACAUUGUGCUGAACUGGGUCCGGCGGUUUCUGUCCUGCCUGAAGUGCCCCCCGUUGGGCCAUGCCAGCAUUUUCCAACCCGUUCAACGGCUGGUGGAAAUCUGCAACGGUACAUAUGCUUCGCCGUACGAGCGAGAGGAAAUACUGUUCCUGGAAACGGUGGCCGGGCUCGUGCGCAAGGACUCGGUACUGGUCAACUUGUUCCUAAAGUCUCACCACCAUUCCGCACAAAUGUUGGCAAACUGGAAGGGGUUAGGCGUCAAUAAGGCACCAGUGAACAAUCCACUGUUUGUAAGCACAAAGAUUGAGUACGAUACGAGACGAAUCUCGCUCGUAGCCGAGGAGGAUGGUGAAGGUGUGUCAGCGAAUGAGGCCGAGCGAGUGGAACAUCAGACGACCAUCGAUAGUAACGUCGCUGCAGGCGACUCCGAGAGCUGUGACUGUGAUGAAGAAGACCACUUUAGUCUGUUCGAUGCGAUAGUCAGUUACCUGGAUAGCGCGGAUAGCACCAUAGUUGUGCGGGCGUGUGAAGGUGUGCUUAUACUGGCCUCAUUACCGACGCUACAGCCAUCGUGUAAAGCCAUCCGGAACACGAUCAGCCGCUUCGCCACAAUGAUGGCUGGCCGGCUUGCCUCAAACUGUCAGCAAAUACCGGAAGAUAUGGACACGGGUGAUAUCGAAGAUGCGAACGUCACCUGGGGACUGUUUCCACGGGAUCCUGAACAGCCUCACUACAUCGGACGCUACCAGCUAACGGCCUUCCUCUGCUGGCUGGAUUACUGUGAUUGUUUGCUGAAGGAAAGUGCCCUGUUAGUACCGGAACUAGGGCCACGUAUCCGUGACGAAAUGUUGAUCAACUAUAUCGAACCUGCCCUGGUGGGAUGCUACGCCCCCUUUAUGCUGGUGCUAACGGCAAAGAUUAUCAAAAAAACGCAAUCAAAAGCACUGCUCGAUGAGAUUGCCAACUGGCUGAUCGGCGAUGAUGAUCUGAUGGACGUCAACAACUGCUUGCUAACGAUUUUGAUAGAAAAUGCCCACGAAAAUACGGACAUUCUUCUGCCCACGUUACAGUUUGUUGAGUCUCUGUUGGAUAAUCCACACGAAAAGAUCCUACAUGGAAUGUUGUUCUUCUACAUUAACAACCGCGGCUACUACGAUGGAAAUUCGCAAACCAUCCAGUCAUGGUCGGACGAAGAAGACAACCGUGAACGGCGGCGUGGCAGUGCGGACGAUCCAAUUAAAUCACGCACUCUGGCCCCAAGCAAUAUAUUACGAGUCAUCAACCACUUCCUGUUGCUUUUACCGAGGCAAAUCAUUAACGACGCCGGUGGUAUUUGCUACGAGGAGUACAUGCAGGACGCAAACCGGCAUUACCAGACGUGGAUAAAGAAAACGCACGGGUUUAGCUGGCCCGUCGAAGCCAUCUGGCCAUGCAGCGGUGAAUCGUCGCCACUGGCGGGCACCAGCGUCGAACCAGUGGCAAUGUCUGCCAGCACCGGGCCCGGCCUAAUGACGGUCGUUCCACUGGCCCCGGUGAAACAAUCGAAAAAACAACGAAUCAAAUACAGCACCGACAGUCAAUCGAGCAUCGAUUUGCAAACGUGCGGGGACAGCGGCAUAUCGGAGGAAAGCUUCUACGAAGGCCCGCUACUUAAGCUGCUGUUCUCACACGUCAAGCAGAUGAACACGCAACCGUACGAACUGAAUCUGGCCGUGAUAGCGAUCCUUUCCAAGCUGGCACUGUUUCCCCACCCGUACUUGCACGAGAUCCUGCUCAACCCGGAAAUUCCCGUGGCGGCCGGUGCAACGACCCUGUGGUCGGUAAUGCAAUUUCUUGCCCGGCAGUUGCUGGGCGAGAUUCCGCGCGUGGAAGGAUUUCAGGAGAAGAUAAAGGAAACUGGCCGAAGAUUGCUUUCCAAUCCACCGCUCUACCAUAGAGACUGUGAACACGGGGAACCUAGCAGCACCGAUCCUACGUCCGGUGUGCCCAUCGAAGAGGAGGACGAAAUCAACGAUCCGCUGUUCGAAUCGAUCGUUGUGUUGGAAGAAUUUUGCAAAGAGUUGGCAGCGAUCGCUUUCGUAAAGUACCAUCACGCGAAGGAAUAAGCGUUGACCGGAUGGAUAGGAAAGCAUCGUUCCUGCGUACGUAUCUUAAGUAGCACAAAAAAAGGUUCGGGGGCCGGUCAGUGGUUGGAGAACGCAAAUUCUUUUGCAAAUGGUCCAUUAUGAUCUAGUCUUUGCCAAAACAAAGGGCUGCAGUGCAAACCGCGAAGAAAGCGUUAAAUAAGUCUUCGCAUUACUACCACACUAUUCGGAAUCGAUCUUCAUUUAGAGAGGCGUUGGGUUACGCUUAUCUUAAUUUAAGUCUUUGCUGCAAACAUUGUGCGCGUUUGUUUUAUUCCCGUAAAAUAUAGCUGAAUUUUAAACACAA